AUGGCGGCCACAAUUCAAGUCAGGAGAAUGAACAAGAUAAGCUUGAAAGUGACAUUGAUAUGCUACAGGCUAGUGAGUGCUGUUAUUGGUCCAAGGUGUCCACUUAAGAUGGAUCCUGAUCUUGACUACGAGGUUGAUAGUGAUGAUGAAUGGGAAGAGGUACUUGCUGAUAUUCUAGCAUCUUUUUUUCUUCUCUUUUGGAGGAUCCUAGUGAGAGUCUUUUCUGACUGUGAGAAGGAUAAUGAUGAAUUUAUGGAAGAUUCCAAAAUUACAGAUGAAGAGGAUGAAGAUAGCUUUGUUGUGCCUGAUGGCUAUCUCUCAGACAAUGAGGAGCUCUAA